GGAAGACACAGUCACGGCGAUCAGAGGGCCUCCAGCGGCGAUGAUGCCUGGACUCGUCCGUACUAGUGAAAAGUCUUCUUGAACUCCGGUGCUUCAGGAGAGUGCCUGGCGCCACUGGUUCUCGGGUAGAGCCGUUGAGCGGGACUGCUCUGCAUGGAGGACAUCUUGGUAUUUGGAUCCCGUCUUUUCUUCAGUGUUUUUGGUUUCGUCGUCCUUCAGACCAUCUUUCACACAGUCCAUACAGUUGCAGUGGUCACUGUGGUCCUCCUUUGCCCACCAUGGUUUUGCAAGGUAAUAAACUGUAUCUCAAUGCCGUCAUUGCGGGCGGUUUGGGCUUCCUGACCUUCGGGUGGGAUGCUGGUGUGCUCGGUGGUGUACUACUCACGCCCGAAUUUCAAGCUGCCAUUGGAUAUCCCAACACGACCAUUACUUCCAUGAUAACUUCGGUCUUCCUGCUGGCAUCAUGGCUGGGUUGCAUUGUCAUCUCUUUCUUUGGCAUGCAGAUGGGCAGGAAAACCUGGGUUAUUGCGGGAGAAAUUGUCCAGAUAAUUGGAACCAUCAUCAGCGCGACAAGCUAUAGCUACGGACAGCUUAUUGCCGGUCGUGUCCUCAUUGGUGUCGGCAACGGUUUUUGUACUUCCAUGAUUCCCGUUUAUGUAGCGGAGAUGGCAAUCAACGUCAGGCACCGUGGCGCUUCGGUCAACAUGAUGAUUGCGAGUGCUGCCAUCGGAAUAGCUUUGGCUUACUGGGUUGACUUCGGCAUGACAUUUGCUCACGGCCAGGCCGUCUGGCGUUUCCCUGUAGCGCUCCAGAUCAUGUGGUCGAUGCUUACUCUUGCCUUCCUCUGGCCCAACCCUGACUCGCCCCGAUACUACUACGCAAAGUCGCGCUACGAUGAGGGUGACCGCACCCUCGAGCGCCUCUACGCCAAGCCGCUCGCCGACUACAAGGUCGAGCAGGCAAAGAAGGACAUCCUCGCGUCCAUUGAGCUCGAGAAGCAAGCUGCUGAGAGUCUUCGCUUAAAAGAUUUCUUUUGGGACACGUCAGACCUGCAAGCCGCACGCCGGAUUCGCACCGGUGUCAUUCUCGUGGGCAUCGGAUACCUCAUCGGCACAGACAUGAUCUACUACUACAUGACGACGAUCUUCCAAAGCUACAUCGGGCUCGGCGCCGUCACAGCGUCGGCCAUGUCCGCCGUCGCGACCACCGUCCUCUCCAUCACCAACGUCCUCGGCGUCACGUUCAUGGAGAAGCUCUCCCGACGCACCUGGCUCAUCGCCGGCGCAAUCGGACAAACCGUCUUCAUCGCCGCCUUCACGGGCCUCAUGUCCAGCCCCGGCGCCAAAACGGGCGCUGCCGCUGCCGCCAUGCUGUUUGGCUGGAUUGCCGUCUUCGGGCCUACAUGGGGUCCUGUGCCUUACGUCUACGCCUCGGAAGUAAUGCCCCUCCGCUACCGCCACAUCGGCUUCUCGCUCAGCGUCUCCGCGCAAUGGCUCAGUGCGUUCCUGACGACGUUUGCGGGGCCCAUCGCCAUUGCCGACACGAACGUCGGCUGGAAAACUUGGAUCUGGUUCCUUGUCUUCAAUGCCAUCGCUGGCCCGUACGUCUACUUCUGCUGUCCUGAGACCAGGGGCCGUACGCUGGAGGAGGUGGAUUUGAUUUUCGUGUCCGAGAAACUGCAGGACUCGGCGGCUGUGCGGCAGCUCGAGCAUGCGGGGCGGAGUCAGAGUGCGUGUGGUAGUGGGAGCUUGGAUGUCGAGAAUGUUGAGGGGGGUGGGGAGGAGAAGAGGGGCUGAGCUGAUGUUGGUGGUGGGUAUGGGUGGGGUGCUUAGGAGGGCGUGUUGCUUUCUUCCCCUUGUGUUAGAUGGAAAAAUUAUUAAUUUAUAUUUAAUCGGGCAUUCUUCCUCAAUUAGGUCUUGGGAUAAGUACACAAAAAGGUUGUGCCUGGGAUGUGGCGGAAGAUCCAACCAUCGUUUAUGAAUGUUCCGGACAAUUUAUUCUUGAGCAUUCAAAUGCUCUUUCAGCU